CUGACUGGAAAAACAAUUGGCGUUAAUGAGAUGGGGGAACGUCAUUGCGUUUGCACUCGUGAUACUACGGUAGCAUCCAAGGGGCGUACACACGAUGUGUUGAUAGAGGUAUCUACUUCUCGUGUAAAUCAGUUGUGUGCUGACUUCUAUUUUAUAUUUUUGGGGCGUUGGGGGAAGAAUGAAAAAGGUCUUCCACCAAAACGGACGAAAUCAUGAACGGCGCCGUAUACAUUUCGUUUUUUCAAGGUCAGCUGGAAUCUGCACUAGAGGAAGUAGUGCAAGUCGCAGUACAGGAAAUAACCAAGACUGUUGGGUCAAGCUUGACUUCUAUGUUAAUGAAAACGGCCGUCAAAGAACAAGAAAACCAACGACUUAAGUUAGAGCUUCAAUCACUGGAGUUUGAAUGUAAUGGGGUAGAAAAUGGAGCCGAAUUCAACGGUGGCAGAGAAGACAACGCGGCCACGGAUCGAACAAAGCCCGAGACACACACCCCCAGCCACAGCGCAGAGCGCGGCGUGUACGCAAACACUCUAAGACUGGAUCAAAAAUGUCGAGUAGUGGGUCAGCUCAAGAUGGUCAUGGAGCAUGUGCUGGAGUUUGCUGUGUGCGAGCUGACCAAAAUUGUGGAGGCCAGUUUCGAUGACCUGCUCCUGGAGCUGACCAGGAAAGAGCGGGAGCACAUCGCUCUAGAGGAGCAGUUGCGCCACUUGACGCACCAGGAGAACAGGAAGGGCGGGGUGUCGAGGAGGAGUGGGUCGGAAAACAACACAGCGUUCCCCAGCGGCUCAGAGGACACCCGGCAGGAAUCCAGAAACGUCACAGUCAAAAUUGUCCGAGAACAAAGAGAGCAAACUGAGACAACAAAUGACAGUGACAAGCAGGCUGUCCUGACCGUAGCCCAGGACUGGGUCCCCAUCCUGGACAAGGUGUUUGGGCAGAAGUGGUGCAGCGACCUGUGGCAGAUCAAAGAGCUGGCUUCAGGGAAGGGGGGUGAGGAGAGGACUGGGGGAUCUGGACUGGGGAUUGUGGGCUCCUUCCCCAGUCUGAACGCCCUGAUCCGUGAGAACCUGGAGCCCGCCCCCACUAGCCCCCUGCAGGACCCCCAGUGGAUGCCUCUGGAGGACAUGGAGGUCCUCUCCUCGACCUUGGACACUCCGCAAGACCCUCCUGCUACCAUAAGCGCUAAAGUUGAGGAGUCCCUCAGGUCUCCGUCGAUGCUUCACCGGCUCCUCACACUCCCCGCUCAGCUCCUAGACGAGGACGAGAACGCCAUGGACACCAUUCCGCUGCUCGCCGACGCUUCCCCCGGCAGAGCAGCUGAGCGACGGCAAAACACAGAAUCGCCUAACCAGAGCUGCCCAUCUCCUCCCAAGAAAAAGGUUGCUGUUUCACUGGAGGAGGAGGAGGAGGAAGAGAAGGAAGACAAAGGGACGACGACGCUGGACUCAAAGGUGAAGACCGUGCCUGUCAAAGGCAGGAAGGCUCACGAGUGUAAAGAAUGUGGCAAGAAGUUCAGCCGGGCGCCGCUCCUGAAAGCUCACCAGCAGACUCAUAUCACCACAGCAAUGGCGAUGACGCCAGCAAUUUGCUGCUCAAAGUGCGGGAAACGCUUCUCCAAGGCAUCCCGGCUACAGGCGCACAUACGAACUCACACUGUGAAAAAGUCCUGAGAAGGGAAUUGGAAGAUUGAAGAAGAAAAAAAAGUCGCUCUUCAGUCCAUAUCUCACAAAUAGCCAUAGUAGCAGGAUGGUCACCGGUAUUCGAGUUCAUACAUUUGAGUUCACUUUAAGUACCUUACAAGUUGGGAAUCGGAGGCAUUUUUUUCAUGUUGCUGAUUUGAAGGUACAGUUUUUGCUGACAGCUGUAUGUUUCUUAAUUGUUACCACCAUUUUGAUUCCUUACAUGUGGCGACAAGGUAAAUACUUUGUAAUCAUUUGGGAUUGGAUCUGGCUGGUAGUUGUGGUUAGUAUCACCAUUUUACAUUAUGUAUAGCAUGGGACAGUGGUGCUCACAACAAGCAAUGAAGUGACCUUUUUUAAGUGCUCUUUUUAGUUUUCUCAGUAUACUUUUCUACAUUUUUUUGGGGAAUAUCAAACUGGUCUCUUUGUGCUUUAUUAUUUCACAUCAAAGUUAUUUGCUAUACCGGAGGCCAUGAUCUUGGCUUUUGUGGACUGCAAUUUCAAUAAACAGUACACUGAUUUGUGAGAAUUGUAUCUUUCAGUUGCAGACGCGUUGUCUCAAGUCGAAUGUGAAACGCUACUCGUCUUUUUCCCGGUGCUACAAGCAGUGACUCACGUUCAAAGGAGGGGAGAGCGAUGGACUGCUGGAGUCAAUAGCAGAUGUCAUACCUUUGUUUUGCUUACCUCUGAAUGUGAAUCUCUGUACAGAUGGAAAUAACCUGGUAUUUCUCUUUACCUUCUUCAUGCAAUUCACUAUUUACAGUCCUCACUUGACAGUAUUUUUAUUUUUCACUCAACAUAAAUACCUCCUUAAAAACACUCAAAUGUUUGAUAAAGGUAUUGUUACGUUGGUAGCCCUUUUUGUUUUUUAUAAAGAACCACAGAUUCAGAGUCUGCAGACCUCUAGUUGAUGACUAGCACGAGCUGUGUGACAUAUCACAAUGGUCCAUCUUGGGCUUUUCUAUAUCCUGUCUGCCCUGGAAGGACCAUUCCUGACACAAGUCUAAGACGAUAGUGAGGUAAAGAACGGAAUCUUGCCCUCGUGCUGAUUGCGGAAGGCUGAGUUCUCAAGUGUCAUGGGAUGUAGAGAAAUACCAUAUUGAUGAGAAACACUUUUUGGUUUGCUUUGUCUUGUUUGACCUCCGAAUGAGUCAAAUGGAUGUGGAGCAUCUGAUUGGACAUCGGGAAUAUUGUUUCUGCUCAUAUGGCCAUGCCUAACAGAAUACUUUGUUGGGAACAUAAAAUAUUGAAGGGAUGGGUCAUUCAAAUAAGGGAUGUGGGGGGUUGAGGGGCAGGGUUGUAUAGACUUUGGAGACUUACAGGUGUUUGCAGGACUGCUCUUGGCCUCCGAAAAGAUAUCUGUAGAAGGGCAAACACUGUUAAGGAAUCUGGCAGAGGGUCUUAAAGUAUCGUAGCGUCUUCCCAUUUUGAUUGUGCUUUGUAUCUUGUAGAUGCGUCUGCAGUUUCUAGUGCUGAGUGAUUUGUGCUUUUUGAGGACGGUUUCGGUUCAAUUAUGAAAAAAUAAUCACGGUUUUAAGUUGGAAAAAAAUAACAUUACAUGCAUUAUGUAGGUUGAUUGCUGUAACACAGAAUAAAAUAAUUAAGGUCCCAUGAUGGUAGCGACUGCCCAUUUAUCACUUAAUUCACAUAAUUUAUUCACAUUACUUUAAUAAAAUAUUUCAGUUGUGUAUAUUACAUGUUUUAUUUGAUGGCUUUAUUAUUUAAUUCCAAGUCAUCUCAAAUCUCUAUGGAGCAGCUGCCUAAGCUGUCUGACAAAAUUACUAUUUUAGUAGUUCUUCAAAGUAAGGUAGAAUUUUAUGACUGCUAAAUACCAACUAUCAAUCACUUAAGAUCAUGUAUUUUCAGGUAGAGAUACCUCGCUUAGCUGACGUAGCAGGCGUAAAAUAAACACACAGGUGGGACAAGUAGACACUCAAUGUAUUUUGGUCAUAGUAGUUAAUUACCACAUUUUCUGCACCUAAACAAUGUAGAAUAUUGGCAUGUUUGAAACUGCAACUCCCUACUAUAUUGCACAGUUUAGGCUUGAUCUGAUUUAUCUGUAGAGAAACGUUGUAAUGUGCACAUUGAGCUCACAGAAGAAGAAAAAAUGGAAUUCAAAUCAUUUUGCCAUCUGUCAAUUUUACCAUCAGUCAAAAUAACUGAAAUGAUGGUUAAUCGCUCUGCACAAAGCAUUAAUGUAAUAGCAAGCAAUACUGUGUACCAUUGACAACAUGGUAAUGUUACCUAUUUGUGGCAAAGCCAGUAACCUUUUGUUGAAGAUGUGCCUGUACUUCAAACAACAAUCGAUGCAAAGAAAUCCUCAAAUCGGCUCUGUAAUCCACAGGAUUUUUUUUGUCUUCCUCAGGGAAGGUUGUUUCUGUGGCUCUGUUUCCAAGAGAUCAGGUCACACUUCUACACUAGAGGGGGAAACCCAUGGCAACAUCCCAAUCCAUUGUAAAAAAUAAAAUGUGUAUAUAUAUUUUUUUUUUUUUGUUUUAAGUGCCCUCUUGCCCACUGACUUUUUCUGUUAAAGUAGUCGUACUUACGCUGUUUCGAAAUGUUCCUCCUGUGCUAUCUUUUUGCGUUUUGGUUAAUUGUAGCCACAGAUUACAUCUUAGUUUACACUCCCUUGUGCUUUGCCUCAUGUAAGUCCUUGACAUAAGUGUAGAUAGUUUAAUUACUAUGUAUCAGGACCAUGUGUUCUAUCAGAAUCUGAGAAGACAAUGGAUUCCAAAAUAUUUUGGUCUUUUAUUCAGGUCAAACCAGCAUUAAAGUUUACAUGGGUACAAUUUAAAAAAUGGUUUGGUACACAACCUCUCAUCUUCAACUGUAACCAAUUUAAAGAAAUUGCAUGCAAUGUCUUCACAUUUUUACAAGGCAAAAUGUAUGAAAAUAUAUGGAGAGAGAAUUUCCCUCUGUGUCUUCAGGGUUGUAACCAAUGUGCAAAUUUAGGAUUUUGAAGUGUUUUAAGGACUUGUCUCUCAGGCUGCGUUUACACAGGCAGCCCAAUUCUGAUCUUUUCCCCAAUUAUUGGCAAAAGAGCUGAACUUAUUAUUGGACAAAUAUAAUUGGCCUGCCUGUGUAAACACAGCCUAAGACUGAAACAUUGUAGAGACCCUCAAAGGCUUUAAGUGGUAGGAAAUGUAUGUUGCUGAUUGUAUUUGCAGCCAGUGCUCCACACUUGCAAUUAAUGUAUUGUUAUUGAUUAUUAGCCUAUGCUUUGUCCUAGUAUCUAGAACUCACAUAGUGCACUUCAUUCCCACUAAAAGCAGUGUCUUGUAAAGUCACAUCACCACUCAAAACACGUUUGUGCUCCGCAGUAAGCUAACCUUGAACAAUGCUGAAUCUGUUUAUUGCUUUUCUAUGGUAGGAAAAAGACAGGAGUGGGUUAUGGCUAUCUAGCACUUCCCUCUCGUAUUCUGUUGCUGUUUCGUCUCCUAAUGCCCGCUAAGCGCAAUCCACCUCUUGAAACAGUUGUGACGACUGUGUUCAACAGGUAACUCAUUUAGUAGUUUUUGCUUUUGCUAAUGAAUCACCCAGCCACUUUUUUUUCAAAUGCCUACUGACAUGUUAUCUUUCCGUUACUUUACAAGACCUCUGUACCUCGUGUUGAAUAUCAGAAAAGAGUAAACACCGCAAAUUGGUUAUUUUAAACAUUACCUCAACAUUAUCACAAAUUUAAAUAGUUUUCUGCAUGACAGAAUAGUGUUUGACUGGCGUUAACUGGCACAACCUUAAGGAUUCCUACCAAAACAGUUCACUAUUUAGCAUAUUCUCUUGCCUUGUCUCAUGGACAUACAGGUAACUGCCACAAUAAUGGAAACACUUGAGUAAAUGAGGAAUACAAAGUAUAGUGAAAGCAGGUAUUUCACAACCCAUCAUGCUUAGGGUAAUGCAUAAAAAUCCUGGGCAGGCCAUUAUUUUGGCUACCAUGGCAAUGCCCCAAUAGGAUGACAAUGUCCCCAUCCACAGGGCAAGAAUGGUCACUGAAUGGUUUGAAGAGCAUGAAAAUAAACCAUAUGCCAUGGCUGACUUAGUCACCAGAUCAUAACCCAAUUGGACAAUUUAUUUCUCAUGGAAGAAUGGUGUCUCAUCCCUCCGAUAGAGUUCCCGACACUUGUAGAAACUAUGCCAAGGUGCAUUGAAGCUAGUUCUGGGUUGUGGUGACCCAAGACCCUAUUGAGACGCUGUAUGUUGGUGUUUCCUUUAUUUUGUCAGUUACCUCUUUGUAAGGUUGCAAACAUUGAUGGGACCACAGAAUAAAUGUUAUUUAGUUACCUGGCAAGAAAUAUAGGACAUUUAAUUCCAUACACAUUUGUCACAGAGACAACUAUUUGUUACAGUUGCACAACUGUACAAUUACAAUAUGAUAAGAUGUGCAGAAAGAUGGUAGCCUUAUAUGUUUAGUCAGAUAUAGUGUUCUAUCCGUAUGCAUGUAAUAGAGGGAUAUAGUUAUAGCCUACUAAGAGCAUGCACACAGAGUUUGGUCUUCAUUAAGAAGUGCAUUCACUCGAGCAUUGCAUUAUGGUAAAGAAAUCUUGUGUGUCUUGCUUCUAGACAUAUUUAUUCAGGUUAUUUCCUGAAAAGUGGUUGAGUGGUUACCUUUUUAAAAGUAACAUGAACUGAGUAAAAGCCUCAUCCUGAUUUGAACCAAAUGUGAAGGAGGAGGUGCAAAAUGAUUAAAGAAGGGACUUCAAAUGAAUUGUGGUGCUACAUUUGAAAGAGGUAAUUAAAGGGAGUAGACGUAUUUUAUGUGUUUUUCAAAUUUGUGGUUUUGGUUGUGUAUGUUUUAUUUCUUAGAAGUAUUAGAAUGAUGUUUGUAAUCCAGGGAACGUGCAGAUUUCAAAUUGACAUCCAAAUUCUAAAAUGAUUUCAGAUAAGGAUUUUAUUUAUUUUAUGUUCCAUUCGUGACAUUGUUAAAUUGUUUUAGUUCUUCACUCAAUUCUAUUCUGAUAAGAUGUGAUCAAUUGUAGGACAUACAGAUGUAGGAUAUUAAUUUGAGCCAGUUUGCUACAGCAGGAAAAUAAUCCUGCAGCAACAGGAAAUUUGAAUUAUGUGUAUUAUAAUUAAUGGACAUUUUUGUAGGGGUUGAUACAUUUUUCAUGAGGGAAAAUCAGGUCGGAAAUUUCAAAGUGGAAAUGACAAAUUUCUGAUGUCUUUUUACACCUCAAAUUAUCGACACGUUUUAAGUGUCCUGCAUUGCAACAAAGUUAUCCUGCAACAGGGUGAUCAAAUGAAGAUCCUAUAUCUGUAUUUCUUUUAUAAUUUGGCAUGCUGAAGCUAGAUUUUGCCAAAUUGUAAAGUAGUUUGGUUUCUGGAUUUCUUCAAAACAAGAGAGCACUUCUGAAAUGCCAUUCAUGCCAAGUCAACUCUGCCGAGAUUAUGUAGGCAAUGUGACGUUGUGUUAUACCCAUUAGAAAUUAACAACUGGGUACUUAGUGUAAGACAAAUAAAUGUUAACAAUCAAC